AUUGUAAUGUUUACCCUUGUUGUUGCUGUAGUUCCUGCAUAAUCACCAUAGAGAGCGCUUUGCUCACCAGUGCUGCAUUUGCUUGCUUUCUUGCUGGCUGUGUUUGCUGGUAUGAGUGAGCGAGUCGCAAACAAACACUUGUUGUUGAAAACUCACCACACUCACUGGCGCUCGCACUCUCCCUCGCACUCGCACUCGCACACAGGCGCAUUGCGCUUAUUCUUACGCCCGACGCUCGUAUAUUUUUGAUUGGUAAUCAAGCCAAAGCCGAAGCAGCAAACAGUCAGAAUGGUGUCCAUAAUCAAACAAGAAAAAAUACCAUAAUAAUCAAGCGGCAAAAACUCGAGAACACUCAAACGACGUGCGACAGCCAGCGCGUUAAGUUGUAAGUUGUAACCGGCGCGUACAGCAUUUUGUUAGUGGUAGAGUACAACAACAAAAUCAAUGUGCUAAAUACGAUAUCAGCAGCGAAAUAUUCACAGUGUGUGUUUUUCGGAGUGUUUGUUAAAUAUAUAUGCCAGCCAGCAUUUCGUUUUGGCAGUUAAACGUUGUUGAAACUUCGUCGCGCUCACACGUCGUAUACGCAACGAUUACGGCUCCGUUUAUCCGCACGACAAACUCGCAACUGGAGUCUUCUAUUGGUUAAGGUCCUGCUGGACCUACGUCGAGUGUGCUCAGUGUGAAUAACAAUUCAUUGUUUUUGUUGAAAUCAACUCAACUCACAAAAAAGAAAAAAAUCCCCGCGCAACGAGUGUUUUAAAAAUAAAAAAAGUUAAAAACAUAUAAUUAUUCGGAGAACACAUAAAGUUGAUUCACCAUCACAAUGGGAGAUCGUUUUCAAAUCUCAAAGGUUAACGGCAGCGCCAACGUAAACGCCGCCUUCGACGGCGAGCCUGUUUCCGCCAACAACAGCAACAGCAACAACUGCAACAGCAACAGCAACAAUGUUGAACACGCUGCCAAUGGACCGGCGACAAUUGCUGCGGAUAGCUGUCAUGCCCACGACAAUCAUCUGCAGCCCAAGGCUGGCGAUGGCGGCGAGAAUCGUCGCACUUCGCGUUUAUCCUUCCGUGGCUUUGGACAAUUCCUGCGCAAAUCCGACGCCGAACGCAAGUUUAGCUUGGCUCAGCUAACAAAGGAAACGCUUCCGCGUUUGGAUAACUAUCGCAUUUCUAUGCGCAAUUUGAAGCGUCCCUCAAUUGGAGAACUUCAGGGCGAGGCAGCAGAUCAGAGCAUUACCAUACCAGAUGCUACGGAACCGGAACCAACCAGCGGUCAAAUUAAGCUUGGCUGGAUUGUGGGCGUCCUUAUACCAUGUCUACUCAACAUUUGGGGUGUCAUGCUGUUCCUGCGUCUCAGCUGGGUCGUCGCCGAGUCCGGCAUCAUGUGGUCGUUAAUUAUAAUCGCCAUCUCGGCGGUGGUCUGUGUUAUAACGACGCUCUCGCUGUCGGCCAUUAGUACCAAUGGCGAGGUGAAGGGCGGCGGCGUCUACUUCAUCAUCUCCCGCUCCCUGGGACCCGAGUUUGGCGCCUCUGUUGGCGUUGUGUUUGCCUUUGCCAAUGCCGUCUCGGCCUCCAUGAACACCAUCGGUUUCUGCGAGUCCCUCAAUGUGCUGUUGAAGGGUAACGGGUUGAAAAUAUUCGAUAACGGCAUCAAUGAUAUUCGCAUUGUGGGCACUGUUACGCUGUUGGUUCUGAUCCUCAUCUGCUGCGUGGGCAUGGAGUGGGAGACCAAGGCACAGAACUUUCUCAUUGUUACCAUUGUGCUGGCCAUAUUCAACUUUUUGAUUGGUGCCGCCAUUGGACCACGAGGUGAUGAGACACUCAUAUCUAAGGGCUUCGUUGGAUUCUCCUGGGACACCUUCAAGGAGAAUUUUGUGUCGGACUAUCGCUAUGCCGAGGGCGUCGAUCACGACUUCUUCAGCGUGUUUGCCAUCUUCUUUCCCAGCGUUACAGGUAUUCAGGCGGGCGCAAAUAUUUGCGGCGAUCUGAAGGAUGCUGGCGCUGCCAUUCCCAAGGGUACUUUCUGGUCGCUGCUCAUCUCCAUGACAUCGUAUGCGCUGUUCGUGCUCUUCGCUGGCGGAGCCGCUGUCCGCGAUGCUUCUGGUAAUCCGCAGGAUCUUAUCAAUGGCACUUUGGUGGCUUCGGAGUUGCCCUGCUUUGAGAGCAAAAAUUGUACCUGGGGUCUGUUCAAUUCCUAUGAGAUGAUGCAGGAGAUGUCGCUCUGGGGACCACUUAUCUAUGCCGGUUGCUUUGCGGCCACGUUGAGCACGGCGCUGACGAAUCUGUUGUCUGUGCCCCGUCUGGUGCAGGCUCUGGGCAUCGAUCAGAUCUAUCCGGGUUUGAUUUUCUUCUCCAAACCGUAUGGCAAACAUGGCGAACCCUAUCGCGGCUAUGUGCUGACCUUCCUGAUCUCCACCGGUUUCCUGCUGAUCGGUGAACUCAAUCUGAUUGCGCCACUCAUCUCAACAUUCUAUUUGGCCUCGUAUGCUCUCAUCAACUUCUGCACCUUCCAUGCGGCCUUUGUCAAGCCUUUGGGCUGGAGACCUACGUUUAAGUACUACAAUGCCUGGCUGAGUCUGUUUGGCUUUGCUUUGUGUGUGGCAAUAAUGUUCCUCAUCAACUACGUGGCCGCCAUUAUAACUUUCGGCAUCAUCUUUGCCCUCUACCUGGUCGUGAUGUAUCGCAAACCGGAUGCAAACUGGGGAUCCACAACUCAGGCUCAGCAAUACAAGGCUGCGCUCAUGGCUGUGCAUCGACUCCAGAACGUCUCGGAUCACGUGAAAAACUAUCAUCCACAGGUGCUUGUCCUCUCAGGUGAUCCUAAGACGCGUCCACCACUCGUUGACUUUGGCUAUCUGCUAACGAAGAAUAAUUCGCUGAUGUUUGUGGGCAACAUAAUACCUGUUCGUGUGGGCUACAAGAAUCGCCUCAAUCUGAUCAAGGAUGGCCAAAAAUACUUGGAUGCGCGUAAGAUUAAGGGCUUCUACAAUGUCAUUGAUGGCUUUAGCAUUGAGGAUGGCAUCAAUGCGAUGAUCAAGUCGACAGGCUUUGGCAAAAUGUCACCCAACAUCGUGCUGGUGGGUUACAAGCCUGACUGGAAUCGCUGUCGCAAGGAGGAGGUUGAGAGCUACUUUUCCAUAUUGCACAAUGCCUUUUCUCAGCGCAUGGGCGUGGCCUUACUGCGUCUGCCCAAUGGCCUGGACUUCUCGGAGCUGAGUCCCGAGGUCACCAUUCCACCCAGCAGUCUGGGACACAUGAACACAGCGAAUGCCCAAGGCUUUACCAACGAACUGAUGCCUGCGGCGAAUGCUGCUUCCGAACUGUUGCACAUUGAUUCCAACCUGAAUCUGGCCAGCAUGGAUAGUCCCAGUCCCAACUCAUCAUACACCAUGCCACAGCCUGCUCCGAUGCCCAACAUGCAGCGCACUUCCCGCAGCUACAAGGUGACCAACAAUGAUGCCGCUGCCAUCACGUAUCAUACCAAAGGCGGCUCCGAGGUGCCGAAAAAUGUGCUUGAAGCAGUCACAAUAUUCACACGCAAGCAGCCCAAGGGCACCAUCGAUGUCUUCUGGCUGUACGAUGACGGAGGUCUGACAAUUCUUUUGCCAUAUAUCAUUUCGAUGCGUUCGCAUUGGCAGAACUGCAGAUUGCGUGUGUUUACCAUGUGCCAUGGCAAGGAUGAGGAGCAGGAAGAGAAGAGCAUGGCCAGUCUGCUGACCAAGUUCCGCAUCAAAUACUCAGAGCUUAUCAUGCUCAAGGGCGUCUCGGAUCAGCCGCGUCACGACACCAUGCUGAAGCACAAACGACUCAUCGAACCCUUCCGACGCAGCGCCCGCAACGAGUUCGGUAUCACCGACGAAGAGCUGCACAACAUGGCCGAGAAGACGCAACGACAGCUGCGCAUCCAUGAGCUGGUCGUUAAGCACUCCUCCAAUGCCUCGCUGGUGGUCAUGUCGUUGCCCAUGCCACGCAAGGAGGCAAUAUCCGCACCUUUGUACAUGUCCUGGUUGGAGAUGCUGACGUCUGAUAUUAAAUGUCCUGUGGCAUUGGCACGCGGCAACCAGACGCCUGUGCUGACACUCUACUCUUAAGCUAAGCGAUGCGACGCAACGUUU